CCCGAGUCAGAUUCACUUUCGAUCGACAAUUGGUCGUCUGUCCUAGUCCUCUGUCCUCGACCUACGUGACUUGUCUCUCGUUUUCCAAGCUCGCUGAACAGCACUCCCCCAGUUGAACUCCAUAUUUUCCCUGCCAUUGCGAUGGCGGAAGCGAUCCAGCAACUUGUCUUGGACACCCUCGACAAGUUCGGCACAAUCCAAGAUACACGAACAUUGAUCCUGCCAGGAUACAGCGACCCUGCCGCCAACCAUGAUUCGCAAAUCAUCAUCCUCGGCGCACUGAACUCGCUAUCGAGUCGCGAUAUGAUCUCGUACACAACCCAUGAAACUGUCUCUCACGUCCUCACACCAGAGGGUGCCCAAAUAGCCGUCCAAGGCUCGCACGAGGCUCGCGUCUGGCAAGCCCUACCCCACAGAGGCGAGGGAGCGCCCAUGGUGCCGAAGCAGCUCGAAGAGCGAGUAGGGUCGGAGACCGCGAAGAUAGGCCAGGGGCGCGCGUUCAAGAAUAAAUGGAUAAGCAAAGAGGGAGAUGGUCUUGUUAAGCUUGCACCUUCAAUCGAAGACAACACUCAGGUAGAAUUGCGCGAGGUUGACUCCACCGGCACUUUGAAAACUGGAGAGAAAGCAUUGGCUGAAUUGCGCAAGCGUAAACUCAUUGUGCAGAGGAAGGGACAAUGGUUCACUGUGAAGAAGGGGUCUGCUUUCAGCACAUCAAUAACGAAACCCGAGACCGAUCUCACGAUCGACAUGCUUGCGACCGGCUCGUGGAAGAGCUCCACAUACAAAAAGUACAAUUUCGAAGCUGAGGGCCUUCCUACAAAUGGCGGUGCUUUGCACCCACUACUCAAGGUCCGCGAGGAAUUCCGUAAUAUCUUCUUGGAGAUGGGCUUCGCAGAGAUGCCAACGUCAUCUUUCGUUGAAUCCGGCUUUUGGUGCUUCGACGCACUGUUUGUGCCCCAGCAACACCCCGCUCGCGAAGUCCAAGAUACGUUUUACCUUUCCGACCCCGCCGAAUCGCUCCCACCGCCCGCGGACUACUACGAGCGCGUCUCCAAGGUGCACGAACAUGGAGGUUACGGCUCCACCGGCUAUCGCGCGCCUUGGUCCGACGCCGAGUCGCGCAAACUGCUCCUCCGCACGCACACGACCGCUUCGUCCGCUUCGAUGCUCUACAAGCUCGCGGCGAAGUGCCGCGGCGAGGGUGAGGACAAGUCAACGGACUCCGCCGCGGCGCAUGGGAGCUCGGCGCAAGCGAAGAAGGAGGGUGACGAUGGCUUCCGGCCGGCGAAGCUGUUCAGCAUCGAUCGCGUGUUCAGGAAUGAGACGAUGGAUGCGACCCACUUGGCGGAGUUCCACCAGGUGGAGGGUGUGGUUGCGGACCGCGGGCUCACACUCGCUGACCUCAUCGGCUUCAUGAGAGUCUUCUUCACGAAGAUGGGUAUCGAGAAUCUCAGGUUCAAGCCUGCGUACAACCCGUACACCGAGCCUUCACUAGAGAUCUUCGCCUUCCACCCGCAGCUCCGAAAAUGGGUCGAGGUUGGGAACAGCGGCAUGUUCCGUCCGGAGAUGCUUGAGCCCAUGGGCUUCCCCAAAGAUGUCCACGUCCAUGGCUGGGGUAUCUCGCUUGAGCGACCCACCAUGAUUAGGUACGGUAUAAGCAAUAUCAGGACCCUGGUCGGCCACAAGGUAUCGCUCGAGUCCGUGGAGACUUCGCCGGCUGUCAGGUUCUGAGCGAGUGUGUCGUUGUGUAGAGGAUAGAGCAGAAGCAAAAUCUCAUGUAGCGAUUGCUGUACGUAUGUGACGAAUUAUUAAGUCACACGAUCUCGAGGUUAGCCACUCCUAGAGCGAAGCUGGGUCAACCUGAAGUGCUCCAUACAUACCCACGUCAAUCGCACAAUGCGUUGUACGUCAAUGUGCGCAGCCGGUCGGUCUGUAAGUCGCCGUGAUUAUGACCUAUCUUGCAUCGAA